AUGGCUGGUCCACAACCAACGCUUAACGAGUUAGCAGCGAAGAUUACGGAGCUUUCCGAGACUUUCACCCGCUUCCUCAAGGAAAACAAUGUGCCAGAACCCACAUUCGCGGCGGAUAGCCCAACCAGUUACAGCAACUUGUCGGCGGAAAUUUUCAUGACGCGUCAGCACCUAUUAGAUGCCCUGACGGAUAUGUGGUACCUAACGCAGGGUCCCAGUGAAAGCGUCUUCAACUAUGUCCACAACGCCUUGCCUGAUGCUGCGGCUCUAAACACAUUGAACUACUUCAACUUCUGGUCUGCAGUCCCCCUAACCGGUUCGGCUUCAUAUGCGGAGAUAGCGCGGCAUGUUUCCCUCCCAGAAGAUGUAAUCCGGCGGGUCUUGCAGCACGCAGUAACACUCCGCAUCUUCGAAGAGACCGAACCUGGGAAAAGCACAUCACUGAUCCGGCACAACUCCAGAUCAGCAGCACUAGCCCGCUCUUCAGGGCUGAGGGCUCUUGUCUCCACCAUCUUAGAUGAUGCUGGUGCGCCGAUGAUGGUUUUGAAUGAAGCCCUGGACAGAUUUAGUCGCGGCAAACCGGAAUUGACCCAAAACAUAAAUGAGACUUCUUUCGCUUUAUUCCAUAGCGGUGGGCAGUUUGGUAAGCACGGAAAUUCUUGGGAUUUGCUUGAAAAUGAUGGUGCAGGAGACAAACAAGGUUGGCGACAGAGGAACUUCGUCGAGUUCAUGCGCUAUAUAAAGGAGAUAUUUCAUCUCGAAGGAGUUGUGCUUGACGCUCAUGACUGGAAGGCUGCCGGGAAGGCGACGGUCGUAGAUGUUGGUGGUUCCGCGGGCCAUGAUGCCAUAGUAUUAGCGCGAAAUUUCCCUGAACUCAGCAUCACCGUUCAAGAUCUAGCGAAAGUAAAGCCAGUUUUUGAGGCGAAUUUGCCAGAAGACGUUAAAGACCGUGUGUCUUUCGUAGAGCACAACUUCUUCCAGCCGCAACCUGUCCAGGCCGAUAUCUAUAUUUUCAAGAUGAUUCUCCACGACUGGCCUGAUCAAGAGUCAUCUAAGAUCCUACGGGCGCUAAUUCCGGCGCUAAAACCGGGCGCUCGAGUGAUCCUUUUCGAAUACAUCGGUAACCAGGGCGAAAGUGAGCGAGCAGCUCUUCCACGCUCCAUUCAGCAAAUGGGUACGGCUACGGAUCUGCGACUAAUGGCUCUGUUUAACGGAAAGGAGCGCCCUGUCGACGCUUGGGCGAAGAUUCUCCAAGAUGCUGAUGAGCGAUUCGAGAUGGCCAAUGUCAAAGCCAAUCCGCAAAACUUCUUCGCCGUCAUUGAGGCUGUUUGGCGUGGGUAG